GGUUUGAAGUUUCAUGCAAAAAUGUUAGCUAAUUUCACCAUGAGCUUAUUGAUGACUUUGUUCCUCAAUUGAAUAUUGAGUUUUGUCCAAACUUGUAAAUUUUUUCUUAUAUUCGCUUGACAGAUCAUAAGCGCAUUUGACCAAAAUUUCUAAAUGUGUAGAGUGAAGUUGAGUGAACAACAAAAUUUUGUCUUCAUCCUCAAUUACACCGAAUGAACAAUUACAAAUAAAAGUUCUAAGACAAAUACUUGCAACAAAACUUUCAUUACAAAGAAAUUUCCAUCUUGGAAUUUAGCCUUCACAAAAGUCCAAACAUGAUAGUCCACUUGUUGGGUAAUUAUCAAAUUUCCAUCAUGGAAUUUAGUUAUGCCUUGCUUCAAUAAUUAAGAUAAGAAGAAGAAUUUCAUCAAAAAAAAAAAAAAAAAAAGAUAAGAAGAAGUUUCAUAAUUGGACCACCUACUAGUCCACUUGUUGGGUAAUUGUCAUGUUCACAACUUUGCUUACAUAAUAAUAUCUUUCUACCUAAUACUCCACUCCUACAAUUAUAUCAACAUUUUAUACUCUCUACAAUUUCUCUUCUAUUCUCUGUUCUCCUCUUCAACCGACUGUCUCUCUCUCUUCAUCUCAUCGACCUUGACAAAGUGAUCAGCAUCCUUAAGGACUUCUCUUUUUGAUAGCACCAGCCAGCAAGUUCCAAAAUAAGUUUAAAGGUCAAAUACCUCUCCUCAAAUGUAUGGUAAAUAAAAAUUCAAGAUUUGCCAAUAUAUUUCUAAUGGCUGCCAUUAGCACUCAAUCUGCCUCAUCUUUGUCAUCAAUUUCUUCUUCAACACCACAAUGGAAAUACGAUGUCUUUCUCAGCUUUAGAGGUGAGGACACACGCAAUAGAUUUACUGACCAUCUAUAUGUUGCCUUAAAACAAAAGGGCAUUCUCACCUUUAGAGACGAGGAAAAACUUGAGACAGGAAAAUCUAUUUCAUCAAAACUUUUGAAAGCAAUAGAAAAAUCAAGGUUUGCAAUUGUCAUUCUUUCAAGAAACUAUGCAUCUUCUACAUGGUGUUUGGAUGAACUUGUAAAGAUCAUUAGGUGCAUGAAAGAGAUGAAGAUGAUGGUUCUACCAAUUUUUUAUGAUGUGGAUCCAUCUACUAUACGAAAGCAAAUGGGUAUUUUUGCCCAAGCCUUUGCUAAACAUGAAGAAAAUUUCAAGGACUGCAUAGACAAGGUGCAAGCAUGGAGAACUGCUUUGAGAGAAGUAGCCAAUAUCAAAGGAUGGCAUGUACAAGAUAGGCCUGAGUCACAAAUUAUCCAGAACAUUGUGGGAGAAUUGUGGCAUAAAUUAAGUUAUGCAUUCUCAGAAUGUACCGAAAACCUAGUAGGAAUAAUUUGUCAAGCAGAGAAAUUGGAGUCAUGUUUGGAUUUAGGGUCAAACAAUGUUCGCAUGGUAGGGAUUUGGGGGAUGGGAGGAAUAGGUAAAACAACUCUUGCUAGAGUUGUGUUUCGUAUGGUUUCAAAUAAGUUUGAAGAUAAGUUUGAAGGUUGUUGUUUUCUUGCUAAUGUUAGGGGAGUUUGUGAAAAAGUUGGUUUAGUUCGAUUACAAAAACAACUCAUUCUUCAAAUUUUGAAUGAAAAUAUGGGUGUAGAAGAUGUUAAUGAAGGAGUUUUUGUGAUCAAGAACAGGUUACGUCAUAAAAAAAUUCUUCUUGUUCUUGAUGAUGUAGAUCAAUUAGACCAAUUAAACAAGUUAGCAGGGGAUCAUAAUUGGUUUGGUUUAGGUAGUAGAGUUAUCAUAACAACAAGAGAUAAGCAUUUGCUACAGACUCUUGGAGUAGAUGAAAUAUAUGAGGCUAAUGGAUUGACUCAUGAUGAAUCUCUUCAUCUUUUGAGUUUGAAAGCAUUUAAAAAAGAUCAUCCACCCGAAGAUUAUCUAAAGUUGUCCAGGGAUUUUGUAUAUUAUGCUAAUAACCUUCCUUUAGCUAUUGAGAUUUUGGGUUCUUUUUUGUUUGGUAGAAGUAUCCAUCAAUGGAAAAGUACAUUAAAUAGGCUAAAACAGUUUCCUGAAAAAGAUAUUCUCCAAGUACUUAGAAUAAGUUUUGAAGGACUACAUGAAACAGAGAAGGAAAUAUUCCUAAAUAUUGCUUGUUUCUUUAAUCAUGAGGGGAAAAAUGAUGUAGUAGAAAUACUAAAUUAUCUUGACCUUUUUCCAGAUGUUGGAUUAGGGGUUCUUUUUGAUAAAUCUCUUGUUAAAUUUCGGGGUUCUACCUUGUGGAUGCAUGAUUUGCUUCAAGAAAUGGGCAAGAACAUAGUUUAUGAAGAGUGUCCUAAAGAGCCUGGAAAACGUGGCAAAUUGUGGCUGUUUAAGGAGAUUAACGAUGUACUGACAAAAAAUACGGGAACAAAAGCAAUUCAAGGCAUAGUCUUAAAGUUGCAUAAACAAAAAGAGGUAUAUUGGAAUCCUGAAUCCUUUUCAAAGGUUCAUGAUCUUAAAUUGCUCAUAAUUGAUAAUGUUCACCUUUUACACGAGCCCAAAUAUCUUCCUAAUGCCUUGAGAUUUCUUGAUUGGAGUGAAUACCCUUCAAAAUAUUUUCCACCAAGUUUCCAACAAAAGUCUUUUGAUAGUUUGAAGUUCAUCAAAUUGAAGAAAUCACUAAAAUUGAUUGAAACUCCUGACUUCAACGAAAUCCCAAAUCUUGAGAAAUUGGAUCUUGAGGGUUGUAUAAAUUUACGUUCCUUGCACCCAUCAAUUGGAGUUCAUCAAAAACUCACUUUUCUUAACCUAGAAGGUUGCAAAAACCUCAGAAGUCUUCCAAGCAAGUUUGAAAUUGAGUCUCUUGAGAUCCUUAUUCUUUCUGGUUGCUCAAAUUUAAAAAGAAUUCCGGAGUUUGGAGAAAAUAUGAAAAAUGUAUCAAAGCUUUACUUGGAUGGCACUGCUAUUACAAAAUUACCAACAUCAAUUGAAAAUUUGGCUGGGCUUGUUUCAUUGAAUGUAAAAGAUUGCAAAAAUCUCAUGUCUCUUCCUAGCACCUUUUUUAAUAUGAAGUGGCUCGAAGAUCUCAAUCUUUCUGGAUGCUCAAAAGUACAGGAAAACUUGGUGACUGAGAAAAGGGUAGAAGAGGUUGAUGUGAGUGGAACUGCCACAGGACUUAUGGCUUAUUCCAAUACUCUUUUUCAAACUCUUAAAACACUAGCUAUGGGUGGAUUUAAGCCGAGAAGUUCCAAUCGCAUGGGCUUGUUAACGGCUUCUUUAUGGGGCUUGUGUUCUUUGACCUGUCUAAAUCUAAGUUAUUGCAAUCUCAAUGCAAUCCCCAAUGAUAUUUGUUGCUUAUUCUCUUUAAAAUAUUUAUAUCUAAGCGGCAAUAAUUUUAGUUGUCUUCCGGAAAACAUUGCUCAACUAUCUAGGCUGUAUCGGUUGGAGGUGAACAAUUGUACAAGUCUUCUAUCAUUGCCAAAGCUUCCAUUAAAUAUUUGUUUUAUUUUGGGAAAGGGUUGUACCUCACUAGAAACGCUACCAGAUCUAUUACCACCAAAUUCUCCAUUUAAGCGUUACCUCUACCUUACAAAUCGCAGUAAAUUGGCUGAGAAUCAAGGCUUCAUUGACAAUGGAUUGCUGUUUUUUGCAGCGAUAAUAAGUUCCCUUCAGUGCCCUCACUCUGAUUCCCGUUACUACAGAUAUAACGGUGUUAUCCCUGGAAGUGAAAUUCCAAAGUGGUUUACGCAAUUACGCAUCAAAGUAUUGGGGAUGAGGUUAGUAUUCAAGAACCUAAUUCUCUUUUGUGUAAUGAGUGGAUCGGGAUUGUUGUUUGCGCUGUAUUUUGUUCUCAUCCACAUCACCAAAUCCUAAAAGAAGGUUUACUUAGCUGUUGGUUGAUAGUCAACGGAAAACAAAUGAGUAACGCACCAGGCACGCUCAACUUUGUUCCUUUAUCGGAUCACACUUGGCUUCCUCAAUUCUAUGAGGAGGAAGAAAUGAAGAAAUCAUUGUGCGAAUGCGAUGCAAAUGGAUUUAGUGAGAUUGGAAUUAAAAUUAAAAAUACUCGUGAAUUUAAGGUCCCAUUAAUGGUAAAGAAGUGUGGGUUGCGAAUGGUAUACAAGAAAGACAUUGAACUUAAUUUCAACAUUUCGACGGCGGCGGCAGCGGAAGGUUACAAAGCCAAGCGAACUCGUGAUGACUAUGAUGGGGCUGGAAGCUCUAAUUACGAACCUCACCAAAAAAGGAUUGAAAGAGUCACAAAAUUUAUAGGUGAGGGUAACUCUAACUGUGAGGAAUCAAGUGAGAACAAGGAAUGUG